CGCUCCGCGCCCCCGCGCCCACAGCCCCGGCGGCGGCACGACGAGCGGCCGCCCGGCGAGCGCGGCGUUCCGCUCGGCCCUCCGGUCUCGCUCCGCCGCCGUCCCUUUCCGCACCAGCACCGCAGCCGCCCGCGCGUCCUCCCGCACCAUGUCGGUAGCCGGGCUCAAGAAGCAAUUCCACAAAGCCACUCAGAAAGUGAGUGAAAAGGUUGGAGGAGCUGAAGGAACCAAGCUGGACGAUGACUUCAAAGAGAUGGAGCGGAAAGUGGAUGUCACCAGCAGGGCUGUGAUGGAAAUAAUGACUAAAACAAUUGAAUACCUUCAACCCAAUCCAGCUUCCAGAGCUAAACUCAGCAUGAUCAACACCAUGUCAAAAAUCCGUGGCCAGGAGAAAGGGCCAGGCUAUCCCCAGGCAGAAGCACUGCUGGCAGAGGCCAUGCUCAAGUUUGGAAGAGAGCUUGGAGAUGAUUGCAACUUUGGCCCAGCCCUUGGUGAAGUGGGGGAGGCCAUGCGGGAGCUCUCGGAGGUGAAAGACUCAUUGGACAUGGAAGUGAAGCAAAACUUCAUUGACCCCCUUCAGAACCUUCAUGACAAAGAUCUGAGAGAAAUUCAGCAUCAUCUAAAGAAGUUGGAGGGUCGACGCCUGGACUUUGAUUAUAAGAAAAAACGACAAGGCAAGAUUCCAGAUGAAGAGCUCCGUCAGGCUCUGGAGAAAUUUGAUGAAUCUAAAGAAAUUGCUGAGUCAAGCAUGUUUAAUCUCUUAGAGAUGGAUAUCGAACAGGUGAGCCAGCUGUCUGCGCUCGUCCAAGCCCAGCUGGAAUACCACAAGCAGGCGGUCCAGAUCCUGCAGCAAGUCACUGUCAGACUGGAAGAAAGAAUAAGGCAAGCUUCAUCUCAGCCUAGAAGGGAGUAUCAGCCUAAACCACGAAUGAGCCUGGAGUUUCCGACUGGAGACAGUACUCAGCCCAACGGGGGCCUCUCGCACACCAGUACACCCAAACCUGCAGGUGCCCCAAUGGAUCAGCCCUGCUGCCGAGCUCUGUACGACUUUGAACCUGAAAAUGAAGGGGAGUUGGGUUUUAAAGAGGGUGAUAUCAUCACACUCACUAACCAAAUUGAUGAGAACUGGUAUGAGGGGAUGCUUCAUGGCCAGUCAGGCUUCUUCCCCAUCAACUAUGUGGAGAUUCUGGUUGCCCUGCCUCAUUAGGAUGUUAGGCUGGCAGGCUUACCUCCUCUUGACCCAGAUAGUUAAGUUUAACCACUGCUUUGGUAAUGCUGCUUACAACACAUCCCAAGUGCAGGCCGCAGUGGUCCAGGUCAUCAAGCCCCACCGAGUAUCUUUGGUUGACUUGUGUGAUCCCACAAGAGUCAUGGUGAUGGGUGGUAUCUUCUUAGGCUGGUGGGCAUGCCAUGUGCUUUUUAAACACCAUCUGAGACCAGCCAGUAGUCGUGGAACUGCUGUUUACACAGUUCUCAGGAGGUUGUGGCUUCUUAGAAUAUGACCAUGAGCCACAUCACAGAAAAAACAUCCUACUGAAGAUACUGUCUAUCACCCAGGGGCCAUCUCAAGGUCUCAGGUUCUCCGUUUCAAUAGGAGAAAGUUCUUGCUUUCACAUUGCCCCUCCCAAAUAUGUGAGUCACAGAAUUGUGGAAGAAAGCCUCCCUCACCAGCAACUUGUCUUCUGGUCUGAAUGAAUUAGUCCCUUGAUGCUGUAGGUAGGAAAGUGUUGAGUGCGAGUUAAAAACCUUUUCUGAAAACUGUCACCUUUGUUCCUCUCACAUAUGCGUGUUUCUGAGGGACAGCAAGUUUUCUUCUCACCCUGCUAAUAAAGCCAGAGGGGGACUCCCGCUGUUAUUUCUAAGUACUACGGUGACAGUUGGCAAUCAGCAUAUUGUGAGAGGGGCUGAAUUCAGAGAAGAGAUUCUCCAUUAUGAGGAAUUGGGAAGACAUCUGGUUUCCAAGCUUAAAUUUCUUGCUGCAGAGAAACGAUGUAUAUAUUUAGGCCAUUUCUGAAGGUACAGGGAAGAGGGAACAAAAAUCACUUCACUUCAGUUUUAUUUAUGAAUUACAUGUUUCAUGAGUCCAUUUGGCACAGAGACACAAGGAGAAAAACACAAGAAACCAUUUUUCCACUAGUUCCUAGACCAAGAAACAGCAAUUGUCUUUCCUUUCCACUUCCACCUUGUGUUCUUUGAACAUCAUUUGUGCAUAUUCUGCCCUCAAUGAGGACCAAAUAAAGAUGAUUUUUGUGCUUAGCAGUUUAAGUAAGAUGUGUGGCUGCAGAUGCAAAAGUUUUUCCCAACUCAGUCAUUACUUUUCUUUCUGUCCCUUCUGUUCCAUCUUCGUGUUGUGUGUACAGUGCCGUGUGUAAGCUUAUGAGUGGUUUUUUGUUCUUCUGGGGGUUUUUUUUGGUAUCAGUCAUUAAGUCCUGUUAGGUAUCCAGAGUUCUAUUUAUCUAGCUGUACAGAUUCUUUCAGAGGUUUAAUGUGCUGCUUCGGAUGUGCUGCCUGCGGUAGUGGGUCAUGUGGAGUGAAAGGCAAAUCUUACUGCUUAAUGUAUAAACCUCUUACCACAGGAAGCAUCGCCGUUUCCAAUAAAUAUUGCUGAAGACAGAA